GCUGAGGCAGUAUGUGCACGAAGCUCAUUACGUUAAAUUAAAAAGCAAUUCAAUAUUUUGACCACCCAAUGUGCUAUCCCUCUCACUGCCAUUUUGAUCCUUCACAGAAGUCGAGUUUUCUAAAACAAAAUGGCUCACCCCUCUGAGAACAUGAAAUCACCAGCUAGCUCGGUGAAGCUAACGGGUCGGGAACGGGCGCAGACCAGAUGGAUAACCGUGGAACCCAUGAUCAUACUUGGAAUGAUGGGAUACACUUGCCUGGCCCUCGUCAGGCCGCUCUUCGUCAAAGACAGGAUCCGCGAGCUUCACAACUUUACCGAGAACGACACCGAUAAAUGCAGCGACGCCCACUCCGACAACGACACUUUGGGAGACAAGAUACAGGCGGAGUCCUCCGUGUGGUUACUGUAUCUGACCGCGGCCUCUGGUAUCCCUGCUAUGCUAAGCACCAUCGUCUUCUGUACCAUGAGUGACAGACUCGGCAGGAAAAUAGCCAUGGCACUACCGGCCCUCGGCUUCGCCAUCCAAGCCGCUGUGUAUGGUUUCACGGUUCACUUCAAGCUUCCCCUGGCAGUUCUGUUUGUAGGCGAUGCCACCCAAGGCCUGACGGGAGGGUUCGGCUUGCUGUUCGCUGGCUGCAUCUCCUACCUGGCUGAUGCCACUUCGGAGAAACAGAGAACCAUAAGAAUCGUGAUCGCUGAGAUGUUGACCUUUCUUGUUGGAGGGAUGAAUCAACUGGGACAAGGUUAUCUCAUAACAUUCGGUUACCUCCCCUCUCUGGCGAUUGCGUUUGGCUGUAAUGCCGCCGCGUUUCUGUACAUUGUAGUGCCAUGGUUUGUGAUUGAAACCAUUGAGAGCAGUAGGUCAGACCGUAAGGAGUUCAUUGACGUUUGGAGGAGAAUGAAGAGGCUCUUGGAGUUCAAUGAGAAUGGUCGACGUUGGCAGAUGCUUCUCCUGGAUUUCUUCAUCUUCUUCUGCGUGGGUCAAUUCCAAGGCAUCUCGGCAAUCUAUGUUUUGUACGGCUCGGCACAACCCUUCUGCUGGCUGUCCAGCACUGCUGGAAUUGGUUUGGCUGUCGGUUGGGUUGCUUCAUCCGUUGGGAUGCUGGUCGGCACCAAACUCUUCUCAUAUUGUCUUGGAGACUACUGGCUGAUGCAAAUCAGCUGUUUCAGUAUUAUGCUCUCAUACCUCAUCAUUGGAUUUGCGAAGUCCACUUUGGUCAUCUUCCUUGGAACUGCUGUCGGUUGUCUUCGAGGGAUGUCCAUUCCAGUAGCACGAUCAGUCCUGUCGAAAAUAACACAUCCGGACGAGAUAGGUGCAAUGUUUUCAAUAGUCGGGUGCCUUGAAAGCCUAACAUUUGCAUCUGGUUUGAUAGCGACCAGUAUCUAUGCAGCCUCGGUGUCGUUCCUACCUCCGUUAACUUUCUACGUGUAUUCUGCUGCCACCAUCAUCCCCGCUGGAAUCAUUUUGUUGUUGCAGAUUCGUUGGCCCCGAAGAAAGGAGUACGUGCCUCUUAAGACCGUCGUUAAUGCAGAAUAUGUCAGUUAGUGAGUUCUGUUGGGCUGGUUCACUCGGAACCUCUGUCGAGUACCUAGGGGGGGAUCGCAUUUAAGCAUUGUAACACUGACCUGUUUAAAAAAAUUGUGUUCAUGGAUGUUGGAAAAACCAAGAAACAAAAUUGUUGUUCCUAUAAUUGUAGUCUGAUUCUCUGACCCUACUUCAGACGAAACGACGAGGAACGUCAUUUCUAUUCCUUGGAUGGUUAGGGCCAAGUCAGGAAUAUUUCAGUAGUUUAAAUCGGGCCAGUAUGUUUAUGCAUGAGAACAGAAAAAUAAUACCAAGAGCAUUGUUGUUAUUUAGUCAACCAGUUACAUAACAUUAUAUUUUGAGCUAUGGAUACAAAGAUCCAUGGUUCGAAUCCACGUCGUCGCUGCUCCUUUUCAUCGACUGUUUUUAAUCUCUAAAUUAAUUAUAGGUGAGAUAAUUUUAAUUUAUGGGAAACGGAGAACGAGAACUUUAGCAUCUUGCAAUGAUUCAAAGGAAAUACUGAAUGAUGCAUGACAUUACCCCAAAUACUCCGACGUAAAAAAAUGCCACCCGUUCGCGGAUGUGUAACUGAUAUCAAUCAAUGUGAGCUAACUAAAUUUGCUAAAUUGGGGGCAGUAAGUUUGAUAGAACAAUUUAAAAAAUGGAAAUGAAUAAAAUGUAAAUGAUAAAACAAUUAAAAAAAAAACCCGAAAUUGAUAAUGUCAAAUCACAGAUGAAUACGCUCACUGUGGAUCCGAAAUGCUACUGGUACGAACUUGAUUUGUGAAAACUAAAAUAAUAAAGUAAAAA